AUGCCUGAUGCGACUCGGCCUAACGAGACUGACGCCGAGAGCCCCGGCCGAGUCCGAGAUCCUUUGUCAGUAUGCCACGCCAUAAGCUGCAAGGCUGAGCGCAAAGGUCCGGGGACUGCUGGCACAAGGCUGACUGCAGAUUAUUCGGCCGAUGGCGGGAGAUAUAAUAUACUUUGGCUAACGUCAACACGGGGCGUGCGGACCGUGGAAGUGACAGCUUGCACGCCAUAUGGCGUUUCCGAGGGAUUCGACUGGUGGAAUUUGAUUGGAAGGCUGCAGGGUGAAGGAAAUGGCCGUAUCGGGGUGCUUGGAUGCGUCUGUAUACAUGUGAGAUCUCGCAAAAGGUGUGCCUUGUCGCGCAGUAGCGCAGUCCAUAAAGGUCAAAAGAUGGAUCUUGCGGGGUUGCAUGGGGUCCGGAGCUUGUGGAAUUAG